AUGCGCCUGCCUGCCUCUCCGGUUGGCCCGGUGGCCGGUUCCGCCGAACUGGCUUCUGAAGAGAUGCGUCUUCUUCUUCUCCGCUGGACGGAGCUUUUAAAAGCAAUGGGGUCCGAGAGCGCCCUUUUCGUGGAGGCGUCUGCAUCCGCCCACAUGGACUUUCAUGUGCAGCGGGUGGCUGCCAGGUUUGCCCCUUCCACGUUGCAGCGUUACUUCGAUGCCUGGCUCAACUGGGUUUCCUUCUGCCGUCUGGCCGGGGCCAAUCAUUUGUCCCCGCCUCCUGGUCUGCUCCCGGACUGGUUGCGCAGCCAAGCCAGUAAACAGGGUCUGUCAACCAUGCAGCUCAAGGCUCUAUCGUGGUUCUGCAAGACGGCGGGUCUGCCGGCCCUUAAAGCGGCUCUGCUGUCCCCGGUCUGUCAGGCUUUCUCCGUUGCUUCCUCCCCUACGGAGCACCGAGAAAGCCUGCCACUGAGCUUGAGCUUUGUUGUGUGGCUCGAAUCCCUGGUUCUGGACCCGUCCGCAUCCGCGGCCGAAAUUCUCAGGGUCGGUUACCUUCUGCUCUGUAUCUGGGGCAGCUUACGUUGGGGCGAUGCUCUCUGGGUCCCUCCUCGUCGUCUUCAUUACCAGCCGCAAGCGUCUGCGCUGGUGGGUACGUGCCUUCGUACUAAAACCACUAAAAGAGGAAUGCCAUUUGGCAUCCUCACUUCUGGCCUUCUUGGCUCCGCCUCCGCGUCUUGGGCACUCCGUUUCCUCAGCACCCUAUCUCAGUGUGCUGCGGAUACCAUGCGGAUCUCCCCGGGUCGCUCCCUGGACUUUGUUCCUGCCACCCUGUCCGGGUCCGAAUCUCGUCCGGUCAUGGGUGGUCCCCUCAAACGGGAUAAGAUGGUUCUGUGGCUUCGGGGCUUACUUCUCCGUCACUGGCAUCUUCAUUCAACGUCCCCGCCUCCGGCUGCCUUUGGCCUGGUGGCGGCACAUUCUCUGAAAUGUACGUUACUGGCAUGGGGUCGCCAGCUCGGGUCUGAGUCUGAACUGCGUCGCAUCCAAGGUCACCACCGACUUUCUGGCUCCGACCAAUCAGUCUCCCUUUACUCCAGGGACGAUAUUAUCCCCAUGCUUCGCUUUCAGCGACAGCUGGUGCUGGCCUUGCGCUCCGGAUUCCGGCCCUUGCAACCGGUUGCGCGCGGCCUGGACGAGCCUCUGCCGGAUUUUCCGGUCACCUUGCCUGCUCCAACUGGCCUUCCGUCGGAUUUUUCACUCACGCCCGACUGCUUCCCGGAGGCUGCCCCACUGCCGGCUGCUCUUCCUUCCCCUCCUCCCCUCGCCGCGCCGGACCCCGCCUCCGUCAAGGAAGAAGACCUUGUUUCUCUUUCUUCCGAAUCCAGUGAAGCUCCCUCUGAUGAGGAAGUUCCGGUCGUGGCCGGGGAGGCUCACGAGGCCGAGGUUGAGCCGGAACCGUCUCCCAUGGGGGAACCGCCAGUGGUCACUCCCUGGUCGUCCGCGCCCUCCUCGGCUAAUUGUGGGUCGUCGGCGUUUCCUUCUGGUUCUGCCGCGAUGCCUGCUUCGGCCGCUCCGCCUCGUCGCUGCAGCACUGACGGUGGUGGCCCCAGCAAUCCUUAUGCACUCUGGCUCAAUCCGCAGGCUUCGGAUGGACAGAUCCUGGAUUCUUUGACAUACUAUCCACCGGAGCUCCGAGCCCGUCUGCUGUUCUUGCUGUCUGCCCUGGAGCACCGUACUCUGGUGCCUCCUGGUCCUCCGUUUGACCCACGUAUGCAGCGCAUCUUGGGGUCGCCUCCGCCGCCUCCGUCGAUGCCCUCCGAACCCACUAUUGUGAGGCGGGGGCGUGAUCGCGGCAGGGUCCUCGGCAUGCACACUGUGCAGCAGCAGUCUGGCCCGCCGGACCUUUGCAUGCUGCCGUGCAUCAACCCGGACUGUGACCGACUCUGCGGCCGCCCCAUCCGGGGCCGGGGUCACCGCACGCAUGCUUGCGCCCGCUGCCACCGGUUGCACGGGUACUAG